CCGACAGACAGACUGACGGCGGGCCGUCGGAGCAUCCCGCACCCAUAGUCCUGUUUAUCCGUGUGACCACCGCUCCUCCCUCUCCCUCGAAGUCUCCCACUCUUUUCUAACUGACGCACCGCUGCUGAAGCUGAGACACCCUCUCUCUCUCUUUUUGUCCCGGCGGAUUCUCCAUGUAUGGAUGCGUUAGGGGAAAUGAUGCUGUAGGCUAACCAAAGACAGAGAGAAAUACCAAAAUACGGGCUGCAGAGGAGAUUCAGAGGAGGAGGCACCAGAGGAUCCUGCCGCUGUUUUGAAUGGGCAGUGGGAUUCACCCUUUGCGGCUGUCGACUCUGAGUUGCUGAGGUGUCAGGUGUGCACUGGUAGCCACGGGGAUCUCCGGCUCUUCUGCUCACUCACACACAAACCUGCAACAUGGCGGGGGCUUCUGUGAAGGUGGCGGUGAGGGUACGACCCUUCAACUCCAGGGAGAUCGGGAAGGAGAGCAAGUGCAUCAUUCAGAUGUCUGGAAACACCACAACAAUCCUGAACCCGAAACAGCCGAAAGAAAACAAGAGCUUCAACUUUGACUUUUCCUACUGGUCACACACCACACCUGAGGACAUCAACUAUGCGUCCCAGAUGCAGGUGUACAAAGACAUCGGCGAGGAGAUGCUGCUCCACGCCUUUGAAGGCUACAAUGUGUGUAUAUUUGCAUACGGCCAGACAGGAGCAGGCAAAAGCUACACCAUGAUGGGCCGACAGGAGAAAGACCAGCAGGGAAUCAUACCUCUGCUGUGCGAGGACCUUUUCACCAAGAUCAAUGACAGCAAUAAUGACAACAGCAUGUCUUACUCAGUGGAGGUGAGUUACAUGGAGAUCUACUGUGAGCGUGUGCGUGACCUGUUGAACCCCAAAAAUAAGGGAAACCUGCGUGUCAGAGAGCACCCGCUGAUGGGACCCUACGUUGAAGAUCUGUCAAAGCUAGCCGUCACCUCCUACAAUGACAUCCAGGACCUGAUGGAUUCUGGAAACAAGGCCAGGACCGUGGCUGCUACCAACAUGAACGAGACGAGCAGCCGCUCCCACGCCGUCUUCAACAUCAUCUUCACGCAGAAGAAACACGAUAUGGAGACAGACAACACGUCAGAGAAGGUCAGCAAGAUCAGUUUGGUUGACUUGGCUGGCAGCGAGAGAGCCGACUCAACCGGAGCUAAAGGAACCAGGCUGAAGGAAGGAGCAAAUAUCAACAAAUCCCUGACCACUCUGGGAAAAGUGAUUUCUGCUCUAGCUGAACUGGACUCAGCACCAAACAAGAACAAGAAAAAGAAGAAGGUGGAGAGUUUCAUUCCCUACAGAGACUCGGUGCUGACAUGGCUGCUGAGGGAGAACUUAGGUGGAAACUCUCGCACAGCCAUGGUGGCUGCCCUCAGCCCUGCUGAUAUUAACUAUGAUGAAACCCUGAGUACCCUCCGGUACGCUGAUCGUGCCAAACAGAUCCGCUGCAACGCUGUGAUCAACGAGGACCCCAACAACCGCCUGGUGCGUGAGCUGAAAGAGGAGGUGGCUCGUCUCAAAGACCUGCUGUACGCGCAGGGCCUGGGAGACAUCAUCGAGAACCUGUGCGAUUACAAGAACUUUGUGAAUAAUCGCCAGGCUGUCAAUCAAAGGGGUGAUCUUUCCACAGUGACCAAUGCCAUGACCGGAAUGAGCCCUUCGCCCUCGCUCUCAGCCCUGUCCAGUCGAGCCGGCUCCAUCAGCAACCUCCACGACCGCAUCUUCAGCCCGGCCAGUGAGGAGGCCAUUGAAAGGCUCAAGGAAACUGAGAAAAUCAUCGCAGAGCUUAAUGAGACCUGGGAGGAGAAGCUGCGCCGUACUGAGGCCAUUCGUAUGGAGAGAGAGGCACUGUUGGCGGAGAUGGGUGUUGCCAUGAGAGAAGAUGGAGGCACAGUCGGCGUCUUCUCCCCAAAAAAGACGCCUCAUCUGGUGAACCUCAACGAGGACCCGCUGAUGUCCGAGUGUCUGCUGUAUUACAUCAAAGACGGCAUCACCAAGGUUGGCCGUGAAAACGCCAAGACUCGCCAAGACAUUGUUCUCAGUGGCCAUUUUAUCAAGGAUGAACACUGCACCUUCAGCAGCACCACCGGCCCUCAGGGAGAAGGAUGUGUCAUCCUUGAGCCUUGCGAGGGAGCAGAGACAUAUGUGAAUGGGAAGAGAGUGACCUCCCCCAUUGUCCUGCGGUCUGGAAACCGCAUCAUCAUGGGCAAGAGCCACGUAUUUCGCUUCAAUGACCCCGAGCAGGCUCGCCUGGAGCGGGAGAGGACGCCGUGCGCUGAGACACCCGUGGAGCCCGUCGACUGGGCCUUCGCUCAGAGAGAGCUGCUGGAGAAACAAGGCAUCGACAUGAAGCAGGAGAUGGAGCAGAGGCUUCAGGAGCUUGAAGAUCAGUACCGCAAAGAACGAGAGGAAGCCAGCAACCUGCUAGAACAACAGCGGCUGGACUAUGAGAGUAAACUGGAGGCCCUUCAGAAACAGGUGGACUCUCGGUACCUCGAGUCACCUGAGGAAGAAGAGGAGCCUGAAGAAGAAGUGCCAUGGACGCCGCGUGAGACCGAGCUGGCGCUGUGGGCUUUCAGAAAGUGGCGUUUCUAUCAGUUCACAUCCCUCAGGGAUCUGCUCUGGGGCAAUGCCAUCUUCCUCAAAGAGGCCAAUGCUAUCAGUGUGGAGCUGAAGAAGAAGGUUCAGUUCCAGUUUGUCCUCUUGACAGACACUCUGUACUCUCCGCUGCCUCCUGACCUGCUGCCCCCCUGUGAGGCUAAAGAGAGAGAGAGGCGACCGUUCCCUCGGACGAUAGUAGCCGUCGAAGUACAAGAUCAAAAGAACGGAGCCACGCAUUACUGGACUCUGGAAAAACUGAGACAAAGGCUGGACCUGAUGAGAGAAAUGUAUGACCGUGCUGCGGAGCUGCCCAGCAGUGCCGUCGAGGACUGUGACCACGCUCUGACAGGAGGCGACCCCUUCUACGACCGCUUCCCCUGGUUCCGUCUGGUUGGCAGGGCUUUUGUGUAUCUGAGUAACCUACUGUACCCGGUUCCUCUGGUACAUCGUGUGGCCAUUGUCAGCGAGAAAGGAGAGGUGAAAGGCUUCCUCAGAGUGGCGGUGCAGGCCAUCUCAGCUGAUGAGGAAGCACCUGAUUAUGGCUCUGGCGUGAGGCAGUCAGGCACCGCCAAGAUCUCCUUUGAAGACAAACAAUUUGAGAAGUUCCAGACUGAGUCAUGUCCUGCCAGUCUGUCGCACUCCAAUACCUCGCAGGAAGAGCUGCGAAUUGUGGAGGGAGAAGGACAAAAUGCUGAGAUAGGAAUCUCUGCAGAUGAAGUUAACAACAACACCUGUGCAGCCACACUGGAUGCUCCUCAAAGCCCAGUGAAGAAUUUAGGUCUUGGUCUGGAUCUUCCUCUGGACCUGUCUCCAGAGAAAGCUCUGUCCCACCUCAAGAUCGGCAGCACUUUCACCUUCAGAGUUACCGUCUUACAGGCCUCGAGCAUCUCGGCAGAGUACGCCGACAUCUUCUGCCAGUUCAACUUCAUCCACCGUCAUGACGAAGCCUUCUCCACUGAGCCGCUCAAAAACACCGGCAGAGGCCCUCCACUGGGGUUCUACCAUGUUCAAAAUAUCACAGUGGAGGUGACCAAGUCCUUCACGGAGUACAUCAAGACUCAGCCCAUCGUCUUUGAGGUGUUUGGACACUAUCAGAAACAGCCCUUCCCUCCGCUCUGCAAAGAUUUAAUCAGCCCACUGAGACCCUCCAGGAGGCAGUUCCCUCGGGUAAUGCCGUUAUCCAAACCAGUGCCUGCCACCAAGCUCAACACCCUGACUCGCUCCACUGCGGGACCCUGUCACGCCAAAUACGACCUCAUGGUCUUCUUUGAGAUCUGCGAGCUGGAGGCUAACGGAGAUUAUAUCCCGGCUGUUGUUGACCACAGAGGUGGGAUGCCCUGCUAUGGGACGUUCCUUUUACAUCAGGGCAUUCAGAGAAGGAUCAGAGUUACAAUUGCUCACGAAACAGGAAAUGAUAUCGAGUGGAAAGAGGUGAAGGAGCUGGUUAUUGGUCGUAUUCGAAACACACCUGAGGCUGAUGAGACCAUCAUAGACCCCAACAUCCUUUCCCUCAACAUCCUGUCCUCUGGAUACUUCUGGCCAAAACAUGAUGACAACGUCUCCCUGGGAGUUGAUCAUAGAACUUUCUACCGAUUCGAGGCAGCGUGGGACAGCUCCAUGCACAACUCUCUGCUUCUGAACAGAGUCACUCCCUACGGGGAGAAGAUCUACAUCACCCUCUCUACUUAUCUAGAGAUGGAGAACUGUACUCAGCCGACAGUUAUCACCAAAGACUUCUGCAUGGUGUUUUACUCACGGGACACAAAGCUGCCGGCAUCCCGCUCCAUCAGAAACCUGUUCAGCACCGGCUGCUUCCGGCCCUCCGAGAGUAACCGUGUCACUGGAGUCUAUGAAAUCACUCUCUGCCAUGUAGCCGACAAUGGAAGUCCAGGCAUGCAGCGUCGCCGCAGGCGUGUGCUGGACACCUCGGUGGCCUAUGUCCGAGGAGAGGAGAACCUGGCCGGAUGGAGGCCUCGCAGUGACAGCCUCAUCCUCGACCAUCAGUGGGAGCUGGAGAAACUGAGUUUACUGCAGGAGGUGGAAAAGACCAGGCACUACUUGCUGCUGAGGGAGAAGCUGGAGGCGACUCUGCAUGCGGGACAGGAUGCACUCUACAAGAGCAGCGACAUCAGCGACUUCGCAAAGAGUCCUGUCCUCAGCCACAGCCCCAGCAGCAGCCCUGCCCUUGACAGUCCCAACCAGAGGCAGAGGGAGCUGGCUGCUAAGUGUCUGCGUCUGCUGAUGCACACCUUCAACAGGGAGUACAGCCAGGUGAGCAGCAGUGCCAGUGAGAGCAAGCUUUCUGAGAUGUCUGCAUCUCUCAUGAGGGAGUCAUCCUCUUCUACGCUGAGCACGCUCACUCCGUCCUCUACCUGCCCCUCACUGGUCGAGGGACAUUAUGACAUUAGUGUGAACAUGCUGAUGUUGUGUAGACACAAUGAUCCCAGUUCAGGAGCAUCCACACCGGACCUGGACCCGUACAGCCCGGUGGACAGAAAGAAAGUUCUCAGAGGAUGCACCUUCGUUCCCGACAUACAGGAGAUUCGUGUCAGUCCGAUUGUGUCAAAGAAGGGCUACCUGCACUUCCUGGAGCCUCACACCAGCGGCUGGGUGAAGCGUUACGUGGUGGUGCGCCGACCCUACGUGUACCUGUAUCGUAGCGAGAGGGACAGCGUCGAGAGAGCCAUCAUCAACCUGUCAUCUGCAAAGGUGGAAUACAGUGAAGACAAACAGACAUUACUGCGGACUCCCAACACAUUCGCUGUGUGCACCGAGCAUCGUGGGAUACUGCUGCAGGCUGCCAAUGACAAAGAAAUGCAUGACUGGCUGUAUGCUUUUAACCCUCUGUUAGCAGGCACCAUCAGGUCAAAACUCUCCAGAAGAAAGUCGGUCCAGUCGUACCCAUCGGCUCAGCGGAUGUGAGAGUUGAAGCAGCCCAGCAGAAAACGACUAACAAAACAAUACAAUCUGAAAGCUCAGCUCAACAUCUCGCUUUAUCGAGCAUAGACCAUAUAGCAAACUGACAAAUAGAACCAUUUAAAUAUCCCUCUAUGUGAUGACCGCCCCAGUCCCAAAAAUCACUCACUCGCUCAUCCUCAGACCCGACAAAAGCAUUCUUUGUCUGGUUUUGCUGUCACCACCACACUAACCCUGCAUGGUGUGCUCCCUUCUGACCUUUAGAAGAAUUCAUAAGAAGAUCUAACCACCCAAACCCGCUACAUAGUUUACCUCUGCUGGGCGCUGGGACUAGUUCUGAUUAGUUUUCAUGUUUCCUGUAGAUGUGUCAUCUGUGAGACUGCCAGUUUCCAGUAAAGAGAUAAGUCUCAGCUGUGAAGCAGACAUUAAACAUCAACCAUUAACGGCAUCGAGUGAGGAGGGGGAAAUAAAAACAUCUUAUAGGAUGUUUUCUCUGUGUAGGUGUGUUAAGUGCAGCGAUGAUAGCUCCGUAUCCAUCCACCAUACAUAUAAUGUACAUUACCUCAGUUUGGAUUGGCUUGGUGCUCUGCAGCAUAGAGUAUUUGUUUCACUGAAGAGGUUUCGAUAGCAGAGAUACAUCAUUGCUGUUGCUCAUCAUUUUAACCCUGAAGUAGCAUGAUGAGGGAUUUAAGCUGUUGUUUCUGUGUGGUUUUUUUUUAAUCUGGUUCUAUGAAAACUGAGUUUGUUGGCUAGACUAAGACGAUACGAUCAGGAGAGAUAACACAUGUCCUCGCCUUGUUAUUGAUAUGUGCUUGUUCCUUCCUUUAUUAUUUUUUUUUUUUUCUACAUAAUCCCUUGCAGGUAUGACCCGGAAGGAAAAUGUUGCUGUUGUAAGCUCUCUGCACUGUAAUUUAUUGUGACAGGACCACUGACAGUUUUGUUGCAUGGCACUUUAUUGAGUUAAUGUCUUGUAUCAUUUACUCUGUUAUUUUAACCAAAGCUUUCUUUUUCUUGUUGUGCUUGUUUCACCCACUGUGCAGUUGUGUUAGCAGACAGUUUUUUUUUAAAUUGGAAUUUUAAAUGAAUAGUUUGACAUUUUGGGAAAAUGUGUUUCCUGCCGAGUGUCAGAUAAGAAGAUUUAAAGCGCACUUACGACCCUGAAGCCAGCAGAUUUUUAGCCUAGCUUGGCAAAAAGGUGGAAAAUAGAAAGCUUGGCCGUGGCCAUUAACAAAAAGAGAAAAUACCACCUCUGAAGUUAACUAAUUAAGACUUGUCUAAUGCAUGACUAAUUCUUGCAUAAAUAGCUGCAAGCGUGAUGCAGUUUAAUGCAAAUUAGUGAGCUUUAGAGGCAACGGAUUUUGUUGCUUGAGUUAAUCGUCUUGUGGCUUCAUCUUCAUGAUGAAGGAAGAUUUGUAUCAAUCGCACAUCAGUAUGCUUCUCUUGGUGCACUUAAAUCAGUGAUUUUCCCUCCCUCAGGGACCAUUUUCACAUACAUAGACAUAAAUUUCCACAAUUCCUGGCAAGAAAGCAAAAAAAGAUGAAUUUCCCAAAAGGUUACACUAUUUUUUUUAACAAGUUAAUCACACUUAAAUUGAUCUGCUGUAUGACAAAACCUGGGAAGACGACUGUACUGUGUGUGGUUGUCAUUUUUAUUUUUAUGGGUCAGCAGAGUCGCUCUGUUGAUACGUUUACUAGUGAAGAAUCCUCUUGUAGCUCACUAGAAAGGGCAAAGUUGUAAUCGAUCAUGGACUUGCGGUCUGUUGAGGGUGGUUGCUUUGAGUGGAUGAGAGCGUUGUCCUAGCACCAGAUAGUGCCUCCCUUUCUUCACCUCUAUUUUCUUUCCCUCCUUCAUCCUCAUCUUUAUCAUUAAUGCUAAAUAAAGUUACUUACAUACAUCCACGAUUAGCGUUUAUGUAAAGUAAUAGUAAAUGCUACUGAUCUUUUUCUAAUUUUCAUUAUGUAUAUCAAUGUUUCGGAGAGUGAAUAUUAUCAAUGAUCGUCUAUAGCAUAUAGAUAUAGCCUGUAACAGACUGUAAAUGUUGCCUUUGACAGCAGUCUCCCUGUCAGCUUUUGUACUGUAGCUGCUCGGUAUUUGACAGCUUGUGUCAGAAACCAGUACAGUAUGAAUAACUUGAUGUUGUUAUGACUCUCACGUCCAGGAAUGGUUUGUAGGUCUUUUUUAUCUGUUGUUAAUGUUGCUUUGAAAUCAAUGUUUGAAAUGGAAAAAAAAACUUUACCCCGUGAUGUAAGAAUGACAACUUUGAGUCAUAUUUACUGAGGUAGACAUAUAAUGCAUUCACCGCAGGCCUGGUCAGCCAGCCAGUCUGCCUGUCCCAUUUCCAUCUGAAUGCUAAUGGUCAGUUUUCUACAGCCCGUAAACAGAAUUUAGGACUCUGUGUGCCACAGGCCAGCCAACCUGUUGAGCAACACAGCUUAGAUGAUGUGGAAGUAUGUAGAAAAUCUAGCUGUCUCCAGUUGAAUUUGACAUUUUAUUACAGUUUUGUUUUGUUAUUUAAUGGUAUUCUAUCUCAGAAUGUGUCGGGUAAAACUCAAAGAUAUUUAGCUUAUGUUGUCUGCUGGUACAGAAGGCAAAUGGAAAGUUUUAUUUAUAGAAUAUCAAAGCAUAAAUUAUGUUCUUAAAAUAUAAUGCACUUACGCACAAAGCAGCUUUAUUUCAUAUGAUUUUGUAUUAUGCAUUUAAAAUAAAAUGA